UGUAGUUGCCACUUCGCUUUCCCGUUCUCUCACCUUACCUCACACUCCUCUCCAUCGAUUAAUCUCCUCCCCCUCAACAACCGCGAGAUCUUCAGCUACCGCUCUCUCCGGUCGCGUUUGCAUCCGCAUUCCUCAGAUCCAGAUUCGAGCCCCAGCCCCGCUUCGAGAUCCAGCUAGCUCUCUAUCAAGCAUCCGGCGGAGCGAGCAGCGGGGGGCUCGGCGAGAGAGAAGAUGAAGCGGAAGACGCGGAACAAGAUCAUCGUAUGGACGCUGGCCCUGGCUGCAGUGGCGAUUCUGGUGGGCGGCACGAUUGCGCUGGUGCUCACGGCGGGGACGUGGAAGGCCAAGAUAAAGAAGUCGCAGGAGAAGAUCUGUAACAAGGGGUGGGAGUGCUCGGGGAGCAAGUACUGCUGCAACGACACCAUCACCGACUUCUUCAAGGUGUACCAGUUCGAGAACCUCUUCGCCAAGCGCAACACCCCCGUCGCGCACGCCGUCGGGUUCUGGGACUACCAGGCCUUCAUCACCGCCGCGGCCCUCUUCGAGCCCCAGGGGUUCUGCACCACCGGCGGCAAGCAGAUGCAGAUGAUGGAGCUCUGCGCCUUCCUCGGGCACGUCGGCGCCAAGACUUCAUGUGGGUACGGCGUGGCGACCGGCGGGCCGACGGCGUGGGGGCUGUGCUACAACCACGAGAUGAGCCCCGACCAGACCUACUGCGACAAGACCUACACCCAGUACCCCUGCGUCGAGGGCGCCGAGUACUACGGCCGAGGCGCGAUUCCUGUCUACUGGAACUACAACUACGGCGCUGCCGGUGACGGGAUCAAGGCGGAUCUGCUCCACCACCCAGAGUACCUGGAGCAGAACGCGACGCUGGCAUUCAUGGCGGCGAUGUGGCGGUGGAUGACGCCGAUCAAGAAGAGCCAGCCGUCGGCGCACGACGCCUUCGUGGGCAACUGGAAGCCCACCAAGAACGACACGCUCAGCAAACGCCUGCCUGGGUUCGGCGCCACCAUGAACAUACUCUACGGCGAGUCGAUCUGCGGCAAGGGAUACGUCGACGCCAUGAACGUUAUAAUCUCGCACUACCAGUAUUACCUUGAUCUCAUGGGCGUCGGCCGUGAGCACUCUGGCGACAACCGUGAUUGCGCCGAGCAGGCACCGUUCAACCCCUCCAGCCCGACGGAUGACCAGAAGCAGCAGCAAUCAGGAAGCUAAGACGGACUCAUUGCGCCAUUGCCACUGAUCAAGCUUCCACAGCGCUAGAUUGAGCUACAGAUUCUUCAGGAUGCGUGAAGCUGCAUGCAUCGUGUUGAUGUUGUUUUGAAUAGACUGUAUGUACUGUCUAUGUGAAUUGCGAGAUUUGUGGUUAUUUACUACCAUGUUGUCCAUAGAUAGUCUGUUUUGGUUUCUUUGGUUCUGUCAGAUACGUUAUACACAUGUUUAAAGAG